UACCAAAUAGUAUCUAUGUAGAAUCCAUAUAACACUACAUUAUUUCAUAAUAGUUAUCGUUGUAAGUUGUAACCACUCGCCACUCGGUUUCAUAUCCCGUGAAUCCGAGAGCUUCCUUUCCUCGUUUUCCCUUUUUUCCUUGCUGUGUCUUUCAUCAUUUCAUGGCUGCCAAAUGGCUCUCCCAAUAGUAAGCCGCCGCAGGUUGCUCCACCAGUUGUGUCGGUCAUCGGAAACUCUGUCAAAUAGCCAUGGCCAACUCCGCUCCACCUCCAGUUCCAAGCUACUCCCUCUGGAUCUCGGACAAAGAGAAGACAGAGGGCGGCGACGGAGACUGCGGCGGGGAGAGCAAAUGCAGCUGCCUCAUGGUAGCUCUCUGUCCAUGUCUCGUUCUCAUCACUCUUAUCCUAAUCGUCGUCUCCGUAAUUCUCAUCGUCAAAUACCGCCUAUUCUGCCAUACUCCCCUCGUCUCUCACAUAUUCAAGAACCGCUGCUAGUUCCAGAAUCGAUUGCUUGUCACUUCUGUAGCUUCUCCGUUGGGGGUUCUGAUUUAGAUCUCCAAUUUCAUGAAGCUGAGGGGGAUUUAGAGGGAAAUAAUGGUUACGGCGUUAGGUCGAGCGCAGAUCCGGCGGAGGUGGAUAAGGUAUGCAAGGUGAUCGACGAAUUGUUUGUGUUAGAUCGCAACAUGGAGGCGGUUCUUGAUGGAUGUGGGUGGAUUAACUUGUCACAUGAUUUGGUUGUGGAUGUGUUGGAGAGGUUCCGUCAUGCCAGGAAACCAGCGUUGCGAUUCUUCUGCUGGGCAGGGCAGAAACCAGGCUUUGCCCAUGACUCGAGGACUUGCAAUGCUAUGAUGAGUAUACUGGCAAAGACCCGCCAGUUCGAGACUAUGGUGUCUUUGCUCGAAGAUAUGGGGGGAAAGGGUCUUUUGACUAUGGAGACGUUUCUGAUUGCUAUGCGAGCCUUUGCGGCUGCCAAGGAGAGGAAAAAGGCGGUUGGGAUGUUUGAGUUGAUGAAGAAGUACAAAUUCAAAGUUGGAGUGGAGACUUUGAACUGUCUGCUAGAUAGCCUCGGUAGGGCGAAGCUUGCUAAAGAGGCCAAAGUUCUUUUUGGGAGGUUGGAACACAGGUUCACGCCCAAUCUGCGGACUUACACUGUUUUGCUUAAUGGUUGGUGUAAGGUGAAGAAUUUAGUGGAGGCUGGGGUAGUGUGGAAUGAAAUGAUCGAGAAAGGGUUUAAACCUGAUGUUGUUGCUCAUAAUGUGAUGCUUGAAGGUUUAUUGAAGAGUAGCAAGAGGUCUGAUGCUAUCAAGUUGUUUGAGAUGAUGAAGGCCAAAGGACCAUCUCCCGAUGUCCGGAGCUACACAAUUCUGAUCCGCCAUUUGUGCAAGCAAGCAAGGAUGGAAGAGGCAGUUGAUUACUUGGAUGAAAUGGUCGAUUCAGGAUGCCAGCCAGAUGCUGCAAUCUACACAUGUUUGAUAUCCGGGUUUGGAAACCAGAAUAAGAUGGACAUAGUUUUUGAAUUGUUGAAUGAGAUGAAAGAAAAGGGCUGCUGCUCGCCGGAUGGUCAGACCUAUAAUGCCCUUAUUAAGCUCAUGACCCAAAGGAGGCUCCCUGACGAUGCUGUGAAGGUGUACAAAAAGAUGAUUCAGAAUGGGAUGGAACCCACUAUUCAUACAUACAACAUGAUCAUGAAAUCCUAUUUUCAGAUUAGAAACUAUGACAUGGGCCACACUGUAUGGGACGAGAUGAUUAGCCAGGGAUGUUGUCCUGAUGAUAACUCGUAUGCUGUCCUCAUAAGAGGGAUCAUAAGUCAAGGAAGAUCAGUCGAGGCUUGUAGGUACUUGGAAGAAAUGACGGAGAAAGGCAUGAAAAUGCCUCAGCUUGACUACAGAAAGCUUUUAGCUGACUUAUCUAGGGCUGGGGUACCAGCUGCAUUUGAAGGAUUGGCCCACAAACUAAACCUGGUGGGGAAUUUUGAGACGUCUAGUUUCUUGGGGAGAAGGCAUGAGAGAAUGAAUGACUGAUGAGUGAAGCGAAAUACUGAUCUUGGCUGCUUCCAUGGAUGUGUAGCAGAGGAAGAACAGGUGUUCUCCGUACUUGGUCAGUUUGUCUCGGAUGGAUGAUGUUUGCUUUCAUCGUUUGUAUCUCGCAUGUCCGUGCAGGAAAUCUUUGUUUUGGGACUACUAGUGUGUAGUGUCGGUCUGUUAAUGUGUGUUCCGUGUUUCUAACGUUGGCAACGGAAUCAUAGGAUGUUAAAAAGCCGCUCUUACUGGGCUACGUGUUUAUAUUGUUAACGGAGGAGAGUGUUAUACUUAUAUCUUCAGAACCGUAGGUUCCAGCUGCUGCUUUACGUCAGUUUGUUGAAUCCUGUGUUAUCGAUGUGUUGUAAAUGCCAAGUAUAGAUUGUUCUCGAGGGUUGGUUUUUUUUUAUCAAAAUCGGUGGCAAUAUUAUUAAUCAGAAGAAACGGUUACAACGCAA